CAGACCGCACAGCUUGAACACGCGCCAUGUUUAGAGGAAACAAAAGGUGUAAAUCCCACUGCUCGGUUGCUGGUUAAAUAACAUAGCUAGCUAAAUAAAAUAAGAAACGAGUAUGAGAAGGGAAUUUUGGGAAGGCUGAUUGGACUUGCUGGAGGUUGUUUCAAUGGCUCUUCCAACUGCUAACCAGGUGUCGUUGGGUCGGGAGACUCCCAAACACUAUGGGAUCACUUCUCCUAUCAGCCUGGUCCAAGCUAAGGAGGCUGACCUGGUCCUCACACACAGGCUGACUGAGGCCCUGAAACCGUACGGGGUGUUUGAAGAGGAGCUGGAACUACAGCGCAGAAUACAUGUGUUGGGAAAACUGAACACCCUGGUGAAGGAAUGGAUCCAUGACGUCAGUGAGACAAAGAAUCUGCCUGCCUCAGUGAUUGAGACUGUUGGAGGGAAGAUAUUCACAUUUGGGUCGUACAGGUUAGGAGUUCACACUAAAGGGGCAGACAUUGACGCCCUGUUUGUGGCUCCUCGGCAUGUGGAGAGGACAGACUUCUUCUCCUCGUUCCUGGACAAGCUGAAGGAGCAGGAGGAGGUCAAGGAUUUGAGGGCUGUUGAGGAGGCAUUUGUCCCGGUCAUAAAGCUGUCUUUCGACAGCAUUGAGAUCGACAUCCUGUUUGCUCGGUUAGCGUUGCAAACCAUCCCAAAGAAUCUGGACCUUCGGGAUGACGGGCUGUUGAAGAACCUUGACAUCCGCUGCAUUAGGAGUCUCAAUGGUUGCAGAGUUACAGAUGAGAUCCUUCAUCUUGUACCCAACAUUGAGAACUUCAGACUGACUCUGAGGACCAUCAAGCUGUGGGCUAAACGCCAUAACAUCUACAGUAACAUCCUGGGCUUCCUGGGUGGUGUAUCCUGGGCCAUGCUGGUAGCCAGGACCUGCCAGCUCUACCCCAACGCCGUGGCCUCCACCCUCGUACACAAGUUUUUCCUCGUCUUCUCUAAGUGGGAAUGGCCCAACCCUGUUCUCCUGAAGCAGCCAGAGGACUGCAACCUGAACCUGCCAGUCUGGGACCCCAGGGUGACACCCAGUGACAGGUACCACCUGAUGCCCAUCAUCACACCAGCCUACCCCCAGCAGAACUCCACCUACAACGUCUCCGUCUCCACACGGGCUGUCAUGGUGGACGAGUUCAAACAGGGUCUGUCCAUCACAGAUGAAAUUUUGCAGAAUAAAGCAGAGUGGUCCAAACUAUUUGAAGCACCAAACUUCUUUCAGAAAUACAAGCAUUAUAUUGUGUUGCUAGCAAGCGCCCCCACUGAGAAGCAGCACCUGGAAUGGGUUGGUCUGGUUGAGUCUAAGAUCAGGAUCCUUGUGGGGAACCUGGAGAAGAAUGAGUUCAUAACGUUGGCCCAUGUCAACCCCCAGUCCUUCCCUGGACCCAAAGAAAGCAGGGAGAAAGAGGAGGUCAGCACCAUGUGGGUGAUAGGAGUUAUCUUUAAGAAGAUGGAGACAUCAGAGAACCUCAACGUUGACCUAACCAUUGACAUCCAGUCCUUUACUGACACGGUGUACCGCCAGGCGAUCAGCAGUAAGAUGUUUGAGGCAGACAUGAAGAUCCAGGCCAUGCAUGUGAAGAAGAGACAACUUCACCAGUUACUGCCCAGCCUGGUCAUGCCCAAACGCAGGAAGCACUCUACAGAGGGGCUUCGUCAGAUGAAUGACAGUAGUCUGGACCUAUCGCUGGACAGUGACAACAGCAUGUCAGUGCCCUCCCCCACAGCCUUGUCAGCCGCAGUGCCCACGUUGACCCCAGUGAAGAGUGGCCCACUAGGUCCCCCUCCCAGUCCCAUCGCGGCAGCAGCCAGCCAACCAGAAGUCCAAGCUUCCACUAUGAGUCCGCCAGCGGUGAAGAGACCUGGUUCCCCUAUGCAAGAAGAGAGGAAGAGGUUAAAAUCAGACUCAGAGGAGUCAGCCACUGAGAGACAGACCUCAGGAGACCCCGUCCCCAGCAGCCAGACCACCUCUCCUCCCCCCACCAUGGGUCCCCCAGCGGCCCCCCAAACCCCCUCUCCUCCCGCUACCAUAGGUCCCCCAGUGGCCCACAAGACCCCUAACCGGGAGGUGCUGGAGGAGAAGAGCCCUAAGGAGCACCAGAAGGAGGACUCCUCCAUAGUCCCAGAGACAAAGACAACAGAGGAUAGUGGUGCAGCUAGCGCUGGAGAGGGAGAGGGGGGCACCUCUGUGGAGGCAGAGGUACACAACAAGCUAAUCAUCAUGGUCCAAUUUCAUGUCAAUGAGGACAGUAUAUCUGAGGAGAUGACUGCUUCUGAAGGGGAAGUGAAGAUGGAGGCAAACAUUAAGAGAAUGGUGAGUACGGAUCUGUCUGACGUGCCUCUCUUGCCAGCCAACCCCAUUCCAGUGGUGAAGAACUCUAUCAAGCUUCGUCUCAGCAGGUAGGAGAGGACAGACAGACGCACCAAUCCAGCCUCCCCCGGCCCCCAACCCCUGACCGCUACGGUGGAUGUCCUAAGACCUACUUGUCCUUUGCCACGGAAUGUCCACAGUGCUGCAGACAGACACACAGACAGACAGGGUGGACGCACAGGCGACUAGACAGACACACAGACAGCGCUCUCUAGACUAGGGACAUUGUCAGUUGACAUGCAGGGCGUAGUUGCAACUAUCUUCACAAGAGGGCGAUGUUGCCCUUCUACUGGAUUCUCCCAGGCAGCUUCCAACCUCUACCUUACUGGUUAAAUUUAAAGUUGUCCCUUAGGCACAGAUCUGGGAUCAGCUUACCUUCCCCUGUGUCUUCACCUUAACCAUUGAGGCAUCUUCAUCCUACUUCUUCCAGAGCUGCUGGAAGGAGUAGAAUGUUGCACAAAGAUGUCACAGUGACUCUGCAGACAGACAGACGUGCUCACGUAUGCCAGUUCUAACCUGUUAUUUCCGGUCUUCUAUAACAGAUUAGAGAUGACUGACUACAGGUUAUGACACCCUGUUCCCUAUAGCAGGGUUAAUAAACUCUGACCCCUACGAGGUCUGGAGCCUGCUGCUUUUCUAUUCUACCUGGUAACUAAUUGCACACAUCUUGGUGUCCCAGGUCUAAAUCAAUCCCCGUUUUAGACUGGACCAAUGAAAAGUGGAACUGGCUUGAAGGCCCUAUAUAGUCCACUACUUACAACCCUGGUCAUUAUAUAAAGGGAAUCGGCUGCCAUUUGUGUUUCAGUCUAUAAUCCAUGGGCAGGUAAUCGCUGUCUGUCAGGUAACUGUUGGGAUAUGAGGUGGCCUUCAGGGUAUACAGGUAGUGUAUGAGGGAACGCAUCAUAAAGAUGUCCACGCUGUCAUCACGUGCAGCUGUACGCUUGCUAAUGGAACUACAUCAGGUUUGUGUACAUGUACAACACAAUAACUUUGACCAAAAAAAAAAAAAAAAACGAAUAUCUCAGAAUGUCUCUGUGAACAGGAUGGUGUAGUUUCUCUGUCUAGGAUGCAUGUUUAUAAUCUAGAGAUGACACAAAGGAGUUAAGAGUUUAGUCAUCUUUCUACAUUCACGCUAACGUUCAGAUUAUCUCUGAUUUAUGUCCGAGGACUGCUACAGUAAGAGAGGGUAGUAGCAGAGGGCUGUAGGCCGAGUGUAGAGUAGAGAGGUGGUCUGGUGUCUGACUGAAAGCAUUCAGAUAUACAUUGUAUUGAAUCAAAAUGAUUAGAAUGGGCAUAGAAUCUACAUUUGUUCUAUGUGUACAUGCAUUGUACAGUAACCAUUAGUGUCUGUCUUGUACAAUAACAUGAUGAAAAACAAUGCUUUUCUUUUGCUUAGAAUAUAAAGGACUUGAGCUUUCGCCUUGGUGAAUUAUUAUUAUUAUUUUUGCUUAAAAUGGUGCAAUUUGAAUCAAGAUAAUUAUUCUAACAUUACAUAGAGGGUUUAGUUCAAAAGACCAAUUGUCUUUGUUGGUUAUUCAUUUUGGAUUUGCUUGUUCACAUCGUAGUGGAUGUGGACUUUGUGGGAAUAGUCAACUGGUUUAAAACUUGUUCGUAGGGUUAGCAAACAAAGUAACAGAUCUUUUUUUUUGUUCCGUUUUAAUUUUUUUUAAUGUUUAAAAACAAUGUGUCCUGACUUUUAACAUUUUAACUUUCUCUAUUUUCUAGAUGUACUAACAAAAUGAUACUUUUGUUUGAAUUUGUUUGUGCUAAUCGUGUGGACUUGUAUGGUGAUGAUGAAUCUGAAGACCACUGUCAACCUACAGUGUGUUAAUCAACAUGUACAGAUGUUUUUCGUCAAUGACUACCAUUUAAAUGUUCUGUCCCCUGUUCUUACAAUGCUCUUUUUCAGUUGAAUGUUUUUUUUUCUUAGGUGUAUUUGUAAGGAUGAGAGGUAUUGUACUUUUUUUUCACAAAUAAAGGGUCUACCUUGUUGCGAA